AUGUUGACUGUUCCAGGUUAUGAUGUAGCUGGUGUGGUGGUCAAGGUGGGAAGCCAAGUGAAACAUCUCAAGGAAGGAGACGAAGUGUAUGGAGAUAUAAAUGAGGAAGCUUUGAACAACCCCAAACAGUUUGGUUCUCUGGCUGAGUACACUGCCGUUGAAGAGAAGCUAUUGGCUCUAAAACCUAAGAAUCUUAGUUUCGCUGAAGCCGCUAGCCUUGCACUUGCCAUUGAGACUGCUAAUGAGGGCCUCAAACGCGCCGGACUUUCAACUGGUAAAUCUAUCCUUGUUUUAGGUGGUGCUGGUGGAGUUGGAACUCUGGUAAUUCAGACUGUUCCAGGUUAUGAUGUAGCUGGUGUGGUGGUCAAGGUGGGAAGCCAAGUGAAACAUCUCAAGGAAGGAGACGAAGUGUAUGGGGAUAUAAAUGAGGAAGCUUUGAACAACCCCAAACAGUUUGGUUCUCUGGCUGAGUACACUGCCGUUGAAGAGAAGCUAUUGGCUCUAAAACCUAAGAAUCUUAGUUUCGCUGAAGCCGCUAGCCUUGCACUUGCCAUUGAGACUGCUAAUGAGGGCCUCAAACGCGCCGGACUUUCAACUGGUAAAUCUAUCCUUGUUUUAGGUGGUGCUGGUGGAGUUGGAACUCUGGUAAUUCAGCUAGCAAAACAUGUAUUUGGUGCAUCAAAAAUUGCAGCUACUUCCAGCUCUGGAAAAUUGGAGUUGUUGAAGAGUUUGGGAGCUGAUUUGGCCAUUGAUUACAAUAAGGAGAACUUUGGAGAUCUGCCAGACAAAUUUGAUGUGGUAUAUGAUGCCGUUGGGCAGUGCGAUAAGGCGGUGAAGGCAGUGAAAGAAGGCGGAAGCGUGGUGGCAAUAAUCGGUGCAGUCACUCCACCUGCUUUCAUAUUUGUAGUUACAUCAAAUGGAUCUGUCUUAGAGAAACUAAACCCUUUCUUGGAGAGUGGCAAGGUGAAGGCAGUGAUAGACCCUAAAGGCCCAUUCCCAUUCUAUCAGACCGUUGAAGCAUUUUCUCAUCUCGAAACUGGCAGAGCUAUUGGUAAAGUGGUGAUAUAUCCAGUCCCCUGA